CAUGGAUCCGCUUUGUGGAACCCCGUGUGGUUCAGCCGCUGCGCAACCCCAUGUCGAAGUUACUGAGAUCAAGCCAGAAAUGGUAGGUGCUACUAUGUUCCGCGCUCAUUCUUCUGAAGUGAUGCUGGAACAUUUGGACCAUGCAAUGAUGAUGUCCAGAAGGCCAGAGCAACUGGUGAAGAACCUCAAGAUACAGCAAUCUGUUCUUGAGGCAACACUGGAAGAACUUGAGAAAGCAAUCGUGGACUCACGGUCAGCAACUUCCCAGCUGAAUAUCUCUGUGAACAACGUGCUUCGUGAAGUGCAAGAACUUCCUCCUGGCAAUCCAGUGGUGGUCGAUCCCAAGGUGCUGGGCCCUCUGCCGAAGGUGGAAACAAGAGAGCUUUUGCGGGACAUGCCACUUGAAGAUGGUACGAUGUUGCACAAGAUUUUUGGCCACAAGCCUCGCAGAGCAUCUGACGUCCAACGUCCCAAGAAAGAUGAUAGUUGGUAUAGUUGGUGGCGCUACUUCACUGAACUUUGCAGGAUCAUCGUGGGGCAUCCGUGGUUCGAGUUGUUGAUCUCAGUGGCCAUCAUGGUGAACUCCGUGAUGCUGGGCGUGGAAAGCCAAAUGUCACUGACACGCAGCAAGGAGGACCUUGCCUGGUCCAAGAUUGCCGAGGUUUGUUUUUUGUCGAUUUUCACAGUUGAGAUUCUGCUGAGAUUGACUGCACGUGGAUGGAGAGUUAUAAAGGAUGGAUGGUUUCUAUUUGAUAGUACGCUGGUCCUCAUCGCAUACGUUGAGCAGUUCGUCGAGUUAUUUUCCAGCGGCGGAGAUUCAGGGUAUGCGCAACAGGUGCUAGUCCUUCGAACCACGCGCCUUUUUCGUUUGAUCCGGACGUUUCGAAUGAUAAAGCAGAUCAGAUCUAUUUGGAGAUUGGUGUAUGGUCUUUUUGCAUGUUGCGAGACCAUAAUAUCUACAUUUAUGUUGCUUUUCAUCGUUUUGUAUGUGUUUGGCGUCAUGGGCCUUGAGCUGAUAACCAAAGAUGCGGAGCUUCGAAAAGAUCCGGAGAUCGAUGCCCUGGUCGUCGACAGCUUCAGUUCAAUCCCCCUGGCCAUGAUGACAUUAGUUCGAUUUGUCACGAUGGAUUCUAUAUCUGUAAUCUAUGCGCCUUUGAUAAAGGCAAAGGCAUUAGUACUGGGCUUGUACUUUGGCCUGCUGAUUUGCGUUGUCUCCAUUUCCCUUAUGAACCUUGUUACGGCAGUGAUGGUUGAAGGGGCUCUCGAGCAUGCUCGCCAAGAGAAAGAGGACGAUGCGAAAUUGGCAAAAGCCAGAGCCAAACAAAUGGUUCCGGAGAUUAUCCACCUCUUCGACCAGAUUGAUAUUGAUGGCAGCGGAGAAGUUGACUUAAAGGAGAUGGCCAAGUUUGGGGAGGAUGGACUCGUUCCAGACCUGUUGUUUGAGAAGGCCUCAGUGGACAGCAUGGCCGAUCUGUUCGAAACCCUCGACGUGGAUGGUUCUGGUGUCAUCAGUCGCUACGAAUUUAUCGAAGGUCUUUUGAACCUGUUCCUUCGCGAUGUUCCGGUGCCGGCGCAAAUGACCAUGAAGAUGAUUCGUCAAGUGAGGUCUGACGUAUCUCGGCUCCAGACCAAUGUGGAGGAACUUGACAAGACGGUGGAUGUUCUCCGGCCCUUCCCAACUAUUUGAGACGGAUCCCACUUGAGUGAUACCUAAAUCAUGUAGAUUCAGGGUGAUUGAAUCAAUCACGCUGACUCUGAUCCCAUGUUUUGCCAUGUUUUGCCAGAUUUUUCAACUUGUGGCCAGUUGCUCUCAAAAUGAAGCAUGGGUGCCAUGAGCGGCUAUUGUUUCACAAAAUUGACGGAGGCCUCUGCUCCCACCAGGAGAUCCUGUUUAAAACGGGGCCUUUCUACUGGAAGCAUGAUUUCACAAGGCCUACGCAAUCCUACGCACACUAGAAUUGGUGGAAAAGACA